AUGUUUUAUGACAGGGAUGAUUGUCCUGAACUGGCAUCCAAAUGGCAUGUUUAUGUGACUGGCCAUAGUUUAGGGGGUGCAUUAGCUACCCUCCUUGCUCUUGAACUGUCAUCAAGUCAAUUAGCAAAAUGUGGAGCUAUAAAUGUUACUAUGUAUAACUUUGGGUCUCCAAGAGUUGGAAAUAGAAGAUUUGCUGAUGUCUAUAAUGAGAAAGUCAAAGACAGCUGGAGAGUUGUAAACCAUAGAGACAUUAUACCAACAGUCCCACGCUUGAUGGGGUAUUGCCAUGUAGCUGAACCUGUCUAUCUAGGUGCUGGAGAUCUUAAAAAUGCCUUGGAAAAUAUGGAGCUUCUGGAAGAUGGAUACCAAGGCGACUUUAUUGGAGAAUACACACCUGAUGUUCUUGUUGGUGAAUUUAUGAAAGGUGAGAAGGAACUUGUUGAAAAAAUACUAAACACUGAGAUAAAUAUUUUCCGCUCAAUCAGAGACGGCAGUGCACUUAUGCAGCAUAUGGAAGAUUUCUAUUACAUUACAUUGCUGGAGAAUGUGAAAUCAAAUUACCAAACUGUUGCUGCAAGUUCACAAACCAAUGGAGAUAAGAGCUUACCAAUCAGUUGA